UUACAGAAGACGUCCAAACCUUCACAGAGCAACCGCAGACUUCCCACUCCACUUUUCUCCACUCGCCAAAAAGAGACUGCUUCAAUUUUUGUGUCAGCACCAUGGUCGGCGCUCGGGCUCUCCUCACGGUCACCUGCUGCUGCGCCUACCUGUGGCUCGCUCAUGCAGAAGACUCCUCCAUGGAGACGCGCUCGUUGGAUUUCCCUCUGAAAACCCAACAGGAGAAAGACCUGAUUGACGCGUUGCAAGAAGUUUUGGAGAAGCUGAGGAGCAAAGAUAUGCCCUUAGAGAAAAAGCAUGGUUGGCUGCCUUCGUGUGACGCCGGGGAGCCGUGCGCCGUGCGUAAAGGCGCGCGCAUUGGCACGCUGUGCAGCUGUCCCCGGGGUACUACCUGUAACUUUUAUGUUCUCAAAUGUUUGUGAAGGAAAAUAAUGGGAAAAAUUAAUGACAUAUGUGAUUAUAAAUGAUGUUUUUAUUUGACAAAUUUAGACUACAAAAUGUUACGUUAUGUUUUGAAUAGAUCUAACGUGUUCUUCCACCGUGGAAGUUAUUUGUGUGGGAUUGUGGCAUCUUGUGAAAUACUUUGUAUGUUUUUGUCAUAAAUUAUUUUCACCCCUGUAA